AUGACCUAUCUAGACCCCCUCGUCGGCCUCGGCCCCGACAUAUUUGGGGAAGUCCUUGCGCUCCUCGACUUGUGUGAUAUCCUUGCCGCCGAGCUGGUCAGCAACGCGUGGCGCGCCUGUGCAGCCGAGAAUGAAUCCCGCUUGUGGAGGGGCCUGGCCUACGCUGUUGGAACGGAGCGCGCUGACCUCUACGCGGCCGAUGCUCUCGUAGCGACAGGCACAUAUCCACUCCCAGAGUACGACAUGCGCCCAAUCGCCACCGAUAUGAACCAGCUUGCGCCCGGCGACAGAGUUAACUGGCGCUACGUCGUGUCAUCGCACUAUCGCCACCUCGCAUCGUGGGCCCGCGCCCGCAGCACCGUCGAGUGGGUCGCACCGUACCCCAACAUCGCGUGGCGGAUUAAGAGUGACGCAGAGUCUGGCGUUGUACUCUCCACCUCGCGCAUGAGCGGACCGCUCAACGACGACAUCGAGGCACCAGGUCUUCUUGUCGUUGAUCGGCGCACGAGUCGGGCCCUAUGGAGCAUUCCUGAACUCCAGGGCUAUUCACACCUCGAAGCGGGCGCGGGGUAUUUCGCCUUCAACAGGACACGAGAGGAUGCUGCGUUCGAGGUGUGGCGUAACGCGGCUGCGCGAGCGCGCUGCACGUUCCCGAAGCAGGGCGUGAGCCACUUCAUGGGCAAGUCGCACACAGAAGAGGAGUACGACCCGGCCGACCCAUCUUCACCCCUCCCACGAGGACAUUACGAGCAUUACCUCACGCUGCGCCCACCGAAGCCUGGCCGCGCGUAUAGGAUGCAUGUUGACCGCGAGGGGACCAAGAAUGCGGCCCCCGUACUCGCCACGUGCGCCACAACUGCAAUCUAUAUCUGGCACCUCGAGGAGGAUAUCGAGAUGGAGACUAUUGAGCGUGGAGCCGACGACCAGGGGUCGCCGAAUUACAUUGAGCUCGAUGACGACUACGUCUUCGUCUGUGAUGAUCGGCAGAUGCACGUGUAUGUGCGUGAGACGCGGGCGCACAUUGUCUCCUUCCCGCCCCUCCGCGCGCCACCCCGCAACAUCGCGUCCCUAGGCUUUCCUCUCUCCAUCACGGAUGACUUCAAGGCCAUCCCCGAUGCCGAUCGGCUCCCCGGGGCUGCGCCGGUAGGACGCGCACUCUCGCGCGGUGUUCUACCGACCGAGGCGGCGUUCGAUGACGUGAUCGAGCGCUCCAUCGCCAUGAUCCCGGACGAACACCGCGAGAAUGUCAUGUACGGCUUCUCUGCGUGCCACUUCACCUCGCGUGACUUUAUCUGCACGACCGAGGGGGGUGGCGUGCUCAUCGUGCGCAACUAUGCCUCCGUGUUUGCCCAGUGCACACGGAUGGAGGAGCUGGUGCCGGCCGAGCUGGAGCCGCCCCUGCUCGACGACCCACAACGGCACGUAGCGGCGGCCGAGCGGGCCAAGCACGUCGCCAACAAUUCUAUCAUUAUUGGACUGGGCACGACCGCCAAGCAGCUCACGACGUACCGUGAUCACAUUGUCGUCGCGACGUCGUUCAACGUCCUCCUCAUCGACGGGCGCAAGAUCCCCGAUAUCCCGGGAACUUCAGAAUCCUCCAAGGCUACGCAGGAGAACGCCGAGGGGGACAAGCACGAUACCGUUGUCUCCGAGAUCGACACAGAAAGCGACAAGGUGGCCAGAAGGAGCGCGCGGCUGCCCGUAUGGUUGGACGUCACCGAGGACGACGUGGAUAUGACCGGCGGAGACGAGCGGGACAUGAUGGACGACGAGGAAGCCGACGACGACGAGAGCGACGACGACAUGACCUUCGAGAUAGUGCCGGCCGGAGGACACCAGGGCGACGAAGGUGGCAGAGGUGACGGAAGGGACGCAAAUCUCAAUAAGGAGGCCGGGCCCCCACCCAAGGCCGAUGCCCUGACACUCCCCGCCCACGUCCUCCUCGGCAACCACCAGCAGAGCAUGAAACUCUCGUCCUGCCUCCAGGCCGACGCGCGCAGCAUCUACCUGACAUACUGGGCUGCAGGCGAGUUUCCCGGCGGUGCCGUGACGGCGCCAACGGCAGCGGCCCGCGAUGGCCUCGGUCUGUGCAUCAAGGCGUGGACGUUUGGGGCGUUGUGA